AUGUUUUACGUAACUAUAAUCACACUCCACUUAAUGACUGGCUUUAGUGCUAUAAUUAUGUUCUUAUUUACAGAAGAGUCUACAGCUGUAGAGACGGAGAGGAAGGCUCUUACCAGACUGAAUAUUCAUUCUGCAUUCUGGAUUUUGGCAUCAAUUGCUGUGACAUACUACUUUGAUUUUUUUAAAACUGUUAAAGAAGCUGUUCAAGCAGAUAGUUGUUGGUGGUUUGUCUCUGGCAGUUGUUUAUUGACUGCAAGUUCAUCUGUUGCCGUUUACUGCAUACUAUAUCUUGAGUGGUAUUGUGGAAUUGAGGACUACGAUGCACGGUAUCCAGCACUGAUAUCUAUCACAACAGCUACCUUUAUUGCAGCAGCAAUUUGUUUCAACAAUGCCUUGUGGCCUGUCUGGUCGUUUAUGACACCUUUGUUGCUCUUCACUCAGUUUAUGGGUGUUGUGAUGCUUGUGUCACUCUUGGGAUAAGUCCUUAAGAUACCAAGAAACCUGAUUUUUUUUAAGGAGCUUCAUGUGAAGGACUCAAGUAACUGUUAUCCUGCAAAGUGGAUGUCACUUUUGUUACAUUCCAGUAUUUUUAUUAUUUCUAAUACUGUUUGUUUGCUCUAACUGAUACCGUAAUUCUUAGACUACCCGAUUUAUAAAUAAAAUGGACAUAACCAUAGGUCAGCCAGUGGCUGGGAAAAAGCAACUGAUUAGUGAAUGAUUGAAAGAUAGAUAGGUUUUACCUCUCCUAGUAACAUAAAGCAUUUCAUCACUGCUUUGUAAAGCUUUUAUUUAUCUUUCAAUAUUAAGCAGAUGGGUAAUGAGUCAGUUAUAUAGCCCUAAAUCCUAUUUGGGGACUCCAGAGGUCACCUAGUCCAACUUCUUGCCCAAAGCAGGUUGGUUGGUUUGAAAGUAAUUGAUACUUAAUAAAAUGUUGUGGGUUUUUAAUACUAUAUUCUUUCCGUUUGAAUUGACAGCUAAAAUACUGUUAUCUGCGUAUGUACUUGUAAACUUAUAGAUGACAGAGGAGACAUUUCUCGAUCUAUUAAAUUUCUAAUGUUAUGUGUGUUACCAUGUAGGAAAUAUUUUAUUACCUAAUCUCUUGACUUCAGAUCUGCUAGUGUUUGAAAAAAGAUACAGAUCGGGGUAAGGGCCUAGAAAGCUGGUUGACAUUUACAUCAUGGUUAAUUUGCAGGGCCAUCAGUGAAAUAAAUGGAUCCUACUUGUGCUGAUACAGUUUGUCCACAGCCAAAGAUAGAUGAUCAAGCUGUGAAUAACAACAAUAUGAACAAUAUUAUUGAUUAACAAUAAUAUGAACACUAUUAACACUACACAAGAAUUUCAGAGCACAAAGUAAAUUCUUUUGAUGUAUGCACUAUUUUUCAGUAUUCAGGAUGUUAUUGUUCUGUAAAUUAACUUUUCAUUCUCAGCAGUGCCUGUUAAUGAAGUUGCCAUUUUUCUUCCUCAGCAAGGAAGAGGCUGAUACUAACUUAAAUGCCAUUAGUCAUACACAGUUGGGAAAAUAAAAUAACUUUGUCCACUUUGGCUGACAUACCUCAGCAUCUGGAAACCUGUGCACCAUUUAGCUGCUAGACCAUUUUAUAUAGAUCCUUGUGUUAAAUACUUUCACACCCAGACCUUUUGGAAGGUAGGAGAAUGUAGAAGCUGGGUAUUGAAACUUGUUAAAAUUUACUCUUUGAGACUGUUGCUUGAAGUCUGGACUGUUAGAGGAGACUGUGUUCUUCAUUCUGACUUUCAAAUUCCCACCAUUGCUGAAAACACAAUACAUGAAAUGUUUAAUAAUGAAAAACACAGACGUUGUCUUAAGCUGCUACAGUUUCAUUAAGGAAAAAGGUUGCUGUCGGUAUGCAAUAAAAAGGAUCAGUCAAACCAAAAUAAAAUACAUG